CCUGUAUGAAAACCCUGAUUUGAUUAUUUAGAUAAUUUGCCCUGAUUGUUCAGCUGUAUAGCAUUUUAUUUUAGUAUACUUAUAGUGUAUUAUAUCUGUGACAUCGAAGUUGUUGUAGACAAAAACGUUAUUAGCAGUACGACUUUCCCUUUAAGAGAUCCGACCAGAUGCUCAGCGCCCAAUCCCGGCGCGUAAACUGAACUCUGUUGUUGUCAGCAACUACUAGCUAGCUGUUAGCCAACAUUAGCCGACCGGUGAGCCAGCGGGACAAUAUCGUCUGUUUAAUUCGUCGUAAUAGCGAAAUAGAGUACGGCUGUUACAGUCAGAAUAACAUCAAAUCAUUCUCACUGGAUGGUUGUUUACGAUAUCAGGAAAGAUGACUUCUGCGCUGUCUGAUCCAACCCUAGAGAGACAUUUCAAAGGUCACAGGGACACAGUGACAAGUGUGGACUUUAGCUGCAACAUGAAGCAGAUUGCCACAGGCUCGUUGGACUCCUGCGUGAUGAUCUGGAACAUGAAACCUCAGAUGCGAGCAUAUCGCUUUGAUGGACACAAAGAUGCUGUCAUGUCUGUUCUGUUCUCUCCCUCUGGCCACCUGGUGGCCUCUGCCUCCAGAGACAAGACUGUUCGUCUUUGGGUGCCCAGCAUGAAGGCUGAGUCAACAGUAUUCAGGGCUCACACUGCCACCGUGCGCAGUGUUAGCUUUUCUGGUGACGGACAGACUCUGGUCACAGCCUCUGACGACAAGACCAUUAAACUGUGGACCGUUCACAGGCAAAAGUUCCUGUUCUCACUGAACCAGCACAUCAACUGGGUCCGCUGUGCCAAGUUUUCUCCCGAUGAUCGUUUGAUUGUGUCAUCCAGUGAUGAUAAGACCAUAAAGCUGUGGGACAAGAACAACAGAGAGUGCAUUCAUUCUUUCUAUGAACAUGCUGGUUAUGCAAACCAUGUGGACUUCCAUCCCAGUGGAACAUGCAUUGCUGCAGCCAGUACAGACAACACUGUCAAGGUGUGGGACAUCAGGUCCCAUAAGAUGCUACAGCACUACCAAGUCCACAGUGGCGUUGUGAACAGCUUGUCUUUCCACCCGGGCGGUAAUUUCCUCAUGACUGCGUCCAGUGAUUCUACAGUGAAGAUACUGGACCUUGUAGAGGGCAAGCUACUGUACACACUGCACGGACACCAGGGUCCAGUGACCUGUGUGGCCUUUUCCAGGACAGGAGAGUACUUUGCUUCUGGAGGCUCUGAUGAACAGGUAAUGGUAUGGAAGAGCAACUUCGACUGUAGUGAGUAUGGUGCCACUGCCAGGCUACAACAUAAAACUACCUCCAGGGUGCAGGUGCCACCGACUAGCUCUGUGGCUCACCUUCCCUUUAACUCGCAUGCAUCUGUUCUCCAAAGCCAGAACUCUGUGUACUUCCAAAACACGGGUGGUCUACAAGUUAGUACAUCUGAAUGGCUCCUGUUAGACACAGAGCACCGAAGCUGCUACUACAGCUCUGCAAUCAUGUUGCCCAAGCUACACUUGCAGUGUAGACACAGUUACACUUUUGUAAAACAUCAUGGCACAUAUUUCAGUGAAUUUGUAUUUAUGUAUAAUUGACUAUUUGUGCUUUAUUAGCUACUUUGACAGCGCAGAAUGUAGGUUGUUUCAUUUACAGUAUAUGAUAUGCAUCUUAACCACUAAGCCAUCAAGAUGCAUCAUAUUUGAGCUGAUGUUGCUUUUUCAAAAAUGAACUUUGAUUUCUCAGUAAUUUCCAUAACUAUAGCAGAGACUUAAAUGCUAUAUACAUUUGCAAGUAAGAAAAAAAAAAAAGAUUUGGAGCUAAUGACAUUUCAGAUACCCUGUGGUUAUGUUUUUUCUUUAAUUUUUGUCUUGUAUAGUCUCAUUUGAAUGUCUUUAUAUUAAGCAACUUAAGAACACAUAUAUCUAAUUAUUUCUAAGGCCUUUGCGGUACAUGUUACAGUGCACUAUCCUGAUUCACCCUGGUUUUAUUUAAUUUAACAAGGAAGAGCUGUGGAUAAUGUUCUGUAAGUUAAUAAAUGCGAAAGCGGCAGCAUCUCCUCCAUUUUCAUGACCAUGAUUUAAUAGAACAUCCUUCUCUGUUUUUCAGUAGGAGUCUUACUUGCAGUGAUUCUACCACACCCUUUCUGACUACUCUGUCAAUAAAGAAACAAACAAAGGGAGAGAGCAGUGCAGCUGUUAAUGAUGUUUAAAUAUUAAAAGAUCUUGUUGGAUGUCACACACAGACACACAAAACGAACAGGGUGUUAAAGACUAGCAGAAGAACCUCAGGGAACAGCUUGGAUUUCAACCCCUUUGACUGCUAAAGUGUUACUUACAUCAGCAAGGGCACAGUCAAGGUCCUCACACAUACACAUAUUUGUUUUCCUCCCUCCUGGGGACUUUACAUUGACUUACAUUCAUGUCCUGGAGACAUACCCAGACCAUAACUACUAUUUGCCUAACCCUAGCACUGUACCCCUAACCUUAGUGUUCACUGUAAAUGUCAAUGAUUUACAUCGUGGGGACUGGCUUUUGGUCCUCACGAGGAAGGCAAGUCCCCACAUUGUGAGUGUGUAAACAAAUGGUCCUCACAG